UGAACGGCUCGCUCCUCACCCCACACCUCCGCCCGGCUCCCGCCUCCCUCCCGCCACUCGGCGGUGUCUCUUCGAGGCGCAGCCAGUUUCUAUAGCGACGGCGCUGAGCCGCGGCUCUUCCGAGUAGUAACAAAGCCGGCCGCCCGCUGCCGCGCCGGGGCUGCGGGGGGACGCGGCUGCCUCUCCCGAGGACACCGCGACAGCAGUGUUCUGUGAAGCCCGCUCAGAAACAGGAGUGUCUCGGGAGGAAAAUCAUGAAAAUUCAAGUUUCUCAAGCCUUCUACUACAAGUCUUGUCACUUCAAACACACAAGGUGUUUAUGGGUAUGAAGAAUCUUUGGAAGGCAUCUGUAUGGAGGAACACUGACAGACAUUGUGUGAAUAGCAACAUUUGCAUAAAGUUUUUAGUAAGCAGAGUUGAAAGUCUCCAUUUUCCAUGGUUACUGAUCUUCAGAUACGCAGUUCAAACAGACAUAUCUGAGAAUGAAAGGUACAACUUUUGCUGUCUUUUAGGGUAUCUCCAAUCACAUUUUGAAAUGCAGUCUUCUGUAACUUAACACUCUACAGUGAUGACUUAGAGAUAGGCAAGAUAUAUUGGCACAGGUUGUAGACAAAGCUCAGCAUAUUAGCACAGGAUGAUAGAGUGGGAAAUAGUACAUAAGGCUGGCUGAUUCUCCUACAAGCCAGAUUAACUUAGCUCAUCUAGAACUACAUGUUAUUAUAGCUAGGUUGGUUCCAGUACAAAUCCAGCUCAGUUAUAUCAACACUGCACUGCAGUUUAAAGUGUAGAUGUACUCACUCUUGCAAAAUGUAUCCACCACAAUUACUGAGAAAUGCCCCUCGGGGUGCACUUUCUCUGGGCGCACUUUCUGAAAGAAUCCUCCAGAAGCAGAGAAGGACAAAUAUGAGCUCAGAAGCUCUCAAGUAAUAUUGCAAUCAUUUGACUCUGGAGCAGAAUUGGAUUUUAAUCAAUUUCACGGAGCGUUCUUUCUGUCAAGAAACCAAGCCCAAGGAAAAAGUCAUAUUGUAGAAUCAAUGUCCUACAGUCUGUUCAACUCUCAGAAGAGCUCCUAAGGAGCACAAGCACUGAAGCAGAGAAGCAGAACUCCAUCUUAUUUGAUAAAGCUGCCGAAAACCACCCCUACUACCAAAGAGGAGAAUGUCUAACCUUUCCCUGACAUAGUAUUUUUGCCCAUGUGGAGAAGAAUAGGCAUUUCUUGUGUUCCCUGCAAGUGAACCUUUGCAAGAAGUUCUUUUUUGUGGAAAAUGGAUGCCUGGCUCAGAGUAAAGGACAUGCAGUGCACAAUCCCUAGUAGAAGAUGAAAAUGUCUACUGAUGAUGUCUACUGAUGCUUUUCAAUUAUGUCAUCUCCUCUUUUCCUGUUUGAGAUGGGUGAUAGGAAAAUGUUCUAAAAUAAGCCUGAGUGACCUCUUCAUCCCUUGACUUCUCUUUCCACAAGUCUAAAAACCAUCUGAAGAAAUGACCACUCAACUACCAGAGGAGUCCGUGGAGACCCAGAGCUCAGAUGAGCUUGAGUGCAAGAUCUGUUACAACCGCUAUAACCUGCGACAGAGAAAACCAAAAGUGCUGGAGUGUUGUCACAGAGUGUGUGCCAAAUGCCUUUGCAAGAUCAUAGACUUCGGUGAUUCCCCACAAGGAGUCAUAGUGUGCCCGUUUUGCAGGUUUGAAACAUGCCUGCCAGACGAUGAGGUUAGUAGUCUUCCUGAUGACAACAACAUCCUUCUGAAUUUAGCUUGUGGGGGAAAGGGGAAGAAGUGCCUACCAGACAAUCCAACAGAACUGUUGCUGACUCCCAAAAGGCUGGCGUCUCUGGUUAGCCCUUCUCACACCUCUUCUAAUUGCCUGGUUAUAACAAUCAUGGAAGUACAAAGAGAAAGUCCCCAGACUCUGAACUCAACCCCUGUGGUGGAAUUUUACAGGCCUACAAGUUUUGACUCUGUUGCAACUGUGUCCCACAACUGGACAGUGUGGAACUGCACAUCUUUGCUCUUCCAGACCUCGAUUCGGGUGCUAGUGUGGUUGCUAGGGCUGCUGUACUUUAGCUCCUUGCCUUUAGGGAUUUAUUUACUGGUAUCCAAGAAAGUCACCCUUGGGGUUGUCUUUGUAAGCCUUGUUCCUUCGAGCCUUGUUAUCCUCAUGAUUUAUGGCUUUUGCCAGUGUGUUUGCCAUGAAGUUCUAGACUGCAUGUCAUCUUGAUAACAAAUACAGUAAAAUAAGAUGUAUUACCAGAUGUGUAGCAUAGUUGAUUUAUCCCGUUUUUGUAUUCUUUGUAUUCUUAUUUAUUCUUAUUGUCCAUCCCUCUAAAUGGAAGCAGUGGCCGUAGCUACAUGGUCCCUUUUGUUCCAACUGAAUUUGACCCCACUCACCCCAAGCUUUUUUAGAUCUAAGAAUUGGAAAUAAAAAUUACCUGUUGAUUUUGAAGGGCUGAGUUUUAGAAAGGGAUAAAGCAAAACCUCCAAACUUGGUGCCUGCUGCUGCUGCUGCUGCUGCUGCUGCUCCUGCUGCUACCACUGUUCAGAUGAGUAGCACUUUGCUUUGUAUUGACUUGAUCAAGUCAGUUCAGGCUGUAGGAUUCACCCAAGAAGAAAUUACUAUCGCAGACACCUUCUAGAUCUAAGUACUGCAUCUCUUCACCCAAAGCAUCUCAUGCUCUGGAAUAUCUGUUAUUUAUCAUCCAUCAUCAUUUACAGCUAAUUAAAUCACUCUAUUAGUUAAUAUUUUAAGAAGAAUAAAACAAAUUACCAAGUUUUUUUAGUUCUUGUUAUAGCAAAAUACUUGUGGCAGGCACACUUUUUUUUUGAAUGUUAAAAAUUUGUCUCCAGAACACUUUCCCCAAUGAGAAGCCCAUUUUUUCUUGCCAUACACUUGCAGCUCGCUGUGAAAUAUUCCUGCUAAUGAGUACUUCUGGGGACCCAGCCACAUGUUUGCUGUUCUCCAGAUGCACUUAUUUCAGUGUACACACCUUAGGCAUCCCUUUGAGGGUUCAGAGCUGCAGAUUUCUCUAGCUAUGUUCUGUUAUGCUUACCCUCCCUCCCAGCAUUUCUACCACCACUAAUGACAUUUCCAUGCCACCAGCCCUCCUAACAGAUUACCAACAUCAUGCACAUGUACUCUGUGGUAGCUGUGCUGGAGAAUUUGGCUUAUGUGACUUUAGCUCUUAAGAUAGACUUUUAUUCCCAACCAUUAGGAAACAGAUCUUCAAUCACUAAUACAAAUUUGAGAAAAAAAUCUGAAAUGGUUAACUGGGGUUUUGUUUGGUUGGUUUUUUUUGGAUUUGGGGUUUCAUUUGUUUGUUUGUUUGUUUGUGUUCUGAGUUCACAGAGUGAGCACUGUAAGGAGAUACUAUGACUUUGGAAAGGUUUCUGUUUAAGGCAUAGUACUUCAAAAUGUUCAGUACUCUGAACUCCCCCUGUCACCACUGUGAGUUGAUGGCAAUCUAGAUGUGGCAAUUAGCAUGUCUCAAUUAGUGGAGCUCAGAGGAAUUACUGAUACUUUACCAUUCCACAAAUAGAACCAGGCCCUGUAAGGCUUGCUUGUUUGUUGCAUGGUUUAGGCUGCUUUUGAACUACUGGAAGAGCACAAAAAUAAGUAAUAUUUAAUGUUUAUAUGUAUAAUUAGGUCUAGCAACACCACAGCUGCAAACUGGUUUUCUUGUGCACUGCAGGGUGGACUUGAGCAGUGCAAGCCUGGUUUUUGGGUCUGGCACAAGAUUUAGUCAUGUCAGGACAGUGUAAAAGGGAGAGGGGUUUGUUGCAUGCAAAUUGAAUGUAUGGCCUAACAAUAUACUCUUAGAGCAAACAGACUUUGGUAAGAAUGAAAAAUGACAGUGGGAAAAGCAGAGCCUGUCAAGAGGAUUUGAAGUCAAGCUGGUUUAAUUUUUGUAGAUGGCACAGGUGGUAUCUGCAGUUUUAUUCCUAUUGCAAGCAGAGAAAACAUAGAAAUGUAAAGGUCCUGCUUUUCUUGACACUUAUUUUAUAAUAGUGCGUAUAUAUGUGUGUGUAUGUACAUAUAGACACAUAUGUAAGAAGAAAACUUACAGUGAAAUUAUAGUUUUCAAGUGUAUGGAGUUAUGGAGCUAUGUACUGAGUGAUUAAAGGAAAUGUUUCCGAGUUUUCUGUAAUGACAAUAAUUAUAUCUAAAAUACUUUCAGAAUUCCUAGAAAUUACUAUUCCAAAGUAAUUGUUUUUAAUGUUUGUGGUAAAGCACAUGUAGUUAGAAGAGGAAUCAUCUCCAGUCAAGGUUUGACUCAUCUAUGAACUCAUAAAUUUUAAGUAGCAAUCAUGUCAACAACAAUCAUGUCAAAAAGAAAGAAAGAUAGAAACCUAUGUGGUUUUGUAGAACUUCAUAACUUUGGGAAAAGAUGUAUUUGUAGUGUUAGGGGUUUAUAUGUUUUAGGAUUUGUUCAGUUUGUCUGGAUAUAGUGUCUCUAAUAAAGGGCUGACUAACAGAGGAAAUAGGUUUUGCAAAUGUGUGAUAUAUAUGAAUUACCUCUGCACAACAUGCUCUACAGUGCUACCUGUUGUCUUUUCCUUUUGAUUUUCAGCUGAUUAUCUUAGCUCCAGCACCAGGUAUUUUGUACUCUGUGUUAAAACAGAGCCUAAUUGUAGCAAAUUUACAGUGAUAUUGGUUACACAUCACAGCACAAAUUAAUACACCUGUUGUUGUACUUCUCUACUUUUCGGACUGCCAGCCCAUUAAAUUUAUGCUGUUAUUUCAGACUGUGCUGCAAUACAAACCCACUCAAAGAUGAAAGCGUGCAAAAGCAUAUUGAUUGUACGGCUAUCCUGCCACUCAGCCAGAGCAUGCUAUUGCAGCUUUGGUGUCAUAAAAUACCUGUAUGACUUACAAUAUGGCCAUUGAGAAUUGCUGGGAGAUAAAUCUCAAUUAUUUGUGGAGAAGAAUUUUUGCUGUGUGACUUAGACUAGAAGAACUUCAGAUAUUACUCUUUCCUUAUUUUUAUUCUCUACCAUCCUUUAGACUUUGAACUGAAAAUUCUUGUGUCCUCUGCAGUAGAAUAGCUCUGCUGAAAUCAACGUACAUGGGGCUAAAAUCAAGACUUGCACACUUCUCUGCCUGCUUUUCCUUCCUUUUCUCUGACUCUUUUUCUCUCCUUGGAAAGUAAUGGCUCCUGGGGCUGUAAAAUAUUGCCUGCGCACCAAGACAAUUUCCUUUCAGUGGGAUUUAUUCCUGCUAUGCCCAGACAUGACUCAACCAAGUAAAAAGUACUAGAAAUUCAUUUCUACAGGAUUAAUUUAGUCCAAAUGAGAUUUUUUUUGUUUUGUUUUUAAUUCCUGCUUAUCCUAUGGAUGCAGAGUGUAUCCUCACCAGCUGCUCAUUUAUGGUAUGAUAUCAUGGUAUCCCCUGAGGGCUGGGGCAGGAUAAUGCAGAAGCAGCUGCUGGGCACAGCAUAGGAAGGAUGUGCUGAGCUGGACCAUCCUGUGAGCAGGACUCAGUGAGGGAUGAAGCUCUGCAGGUGCCUGAGCCCAGAGCCAAAAGGGCAAUUGACAAAGAGUGGGUUAACAGAGUCUGUGGGUUCUUACAUAGGACGUGGGGCUGGGGUUGAGCUGGCUGAGAGGCUGAGCAAAGCAGAGAGGGGUUUUUGUCUAUGCCUGGGACAAAGGAGCUGUGUUUUGAAUAAAUAUUUUGGGGUAGAGCUGCUGCAAACAGUUUAAUGUUUUUCAUACUGACCCUUCUGGGGUUUAAAAUUAAUUUGGUAAUUAAAUUAAUUGGCUUCUGUUUUUACAGUUGAGUACAUUUACUUUCCAAAUGGCAAAGUAUUGAACUUCAUUCUAAUUUAAACAGAUCCUUAGAUUUGGGCAUACUGCCACUGUUGCGUUAACUAUUUAAAGCUACAGGACUGGCCGAAGUAAGGGCUGUCUUUGAUUUAGCUUCAUUGUGAGCUUUGGUAGCUCCUACUAUAUCGACUAAAACUGUAUAUGCUAGUAUAAAACAUUCAAAAUAGGCAAACUCUUGUCAUGAUAACAUUAUUGGCAAACUUUGCUGUUGCCAGCAUUUUACAAUGUAUCCAAGAAUAGACUUUUCCAAACAGACUUGGUUACCUGAAGAUACAGAUAAGUUGGUCAGGGCAUGAUGCCGAUAACACCAAGGUCACAGGUUCGAUCCCUGUGUGGACGAUUCACUUAAAAGUUGGAUUCGACGAUCCUUGUGGGUCCCUUCCAACUCAGACAAUUCUCUGAUUCUGUGGAGUCCAGCAGCCCACAGCCAGAUAGACAAGCACAGAACAGGAAAACACAGCUUUCCGCCUAAGUGGCUACACUUCAACCUUAGGAGGUUCACAGGAAGGUGGAUGAUGUUUCUGAGGGAGUUCCUUGUCAGUGAGGUACAGGACCAUUGUUUUUCUUAAUUUUAGCCAGUUCUAGUGGUAGAUUCAACUCACUAUUCCCUUACUUUUCUGCCACCUCUGCUGAGACAAGUCUACAUGGAGCUGUGGAUAAACAGUAUAUUGAAAUGAAGCAAUCUUUUCUACUACACUGAGUUUGCAGCCCAGUCCAGCAGAGCAAGACUAAUACUGGAAAUAUGGCAAAUUGCAGUCAGGAUGCAAGAGUGAACAGGGUGCAGAGGGGAAACAGCAGCAUGUUGUUAAAACAGUUUUGAUGUCAAAGCAAGGAAAACAUGUGGCUAUAUCCUGCCUUGUCUUGGCUGGUUCAAAAUUACCAAGAGUCUGUCCCAAGCCUGAGGGCCACCAUGGCUCAACACCCACCCCUGCAUUACCUCUGGGACAGUUCACUUCAGCUGAGCACCCUGAUUUCUUGUACAGGAAUUCUGCAUCAUGAUUUCAUCUUCCUGCAUGGAUGAUGGGUGGAGUGAGAGGUCCACAGUGUUACACUCUUAAACGUUUUGACUAUCCUAAGGUUUCUCAGGGUUGGAGUUUUUUCGAUUUCUUCAUAUUUCUACAAAGCAAGACAGUGCACUUUAUUUUAAAUAAAGCAGUGCCUUCAUGGAUUAAAAAAAAAAAAAAAUUAAAAAUGUGGGGAAGAAGAAGAACAGAGAAUUUUAAUUUAAUUUUAAGAUAUUCAAAGUGAUAGAGACUGUUCUGAGAGUCUAUUUUUGCUUUCAUACUAGCAGACUAGAUGUUAUCCUUUGAGUGACAUCAGUAAAUAUUUAGUGUUGGAAAUUCCCAAGGGAGUUGAUAAGUCUGCCAGACCUUAGGCACAAACCCCAUACUCCACUGCUUUUCUGUAAAGCACCAUUCUUCCUUUUGCAUCAGCCACCUUUGUCAAAAGUUGAACCAUCACAGUUCACAAAGAGUUCUGGCAGAAAGAAUAAAUCCCCAGUCUGGGGACAGUAAAUCAUCUUUUUAGAGACAAGUGUGACAGUAACAAAGCUUUCAGUGCUAGACCUUAAACAAAGAGAAGUCAUCUUGCAGUCUGAAUUGCUAGCAUAAAUUUAAUUUUAAAUCAAGUUCCAUUGUGCUGGGCAACACUACAACUAGAAAAUGUUUUUUUGUUUUUCUGCCUUUUGCUUGUGCUAUACAAAUGUGGUUUGCAUUUUAAAAAAUUUAUUAAAUCAUAGAAAUCAGAGAUGGGUAGAAAGAAGCCUAAUAAGUAAUUUUAUCCAUUUCCUCUGCCCCUGUAGAGAUGAAUGCUUUGUCUAGUCUGGUUUUAAAUAUCUGAAGUGAUGAGGCCUCCACCUCUUCCCACAAGGGACUUUUCAACCAUUUAAUAGGCUUCUUCGUUAGGAAAUACUUGCCUCAUACUGAUCCCAUUUUUUUCUUCUGCAUAAUGUAAUCCCUUUCUUCUGUGCCCACUAUUUUAACUUUUAUGAAAUCUGGGAAAUGUAUAUUUAUCCAUUUCAUACUGUAGCUGAAUAAUUCAUAAUCUGAGUUGUUCAAGUAACAAAAGAGAUAAGCAACCAGUAGCUGAACAGCUAAUACUUCAGUGAGAUGGUGUACCAUGUACCAGUAGAUGUAUUUCCUGGCAAGUCCUGCCUGACACUGCUUUCUACACUAGGGAGUGAAAAAUGUCAAGUGAAAUUGAAGGAAUGCAUCUUCCCAAGUGCAUGCAUGGCAAUAUUACUGAAAUUUCAAGAGGUGCUGAGGCAAACAGCCUACUUCUUUGGAUAGAGCUUUUCUUUCUAAAAGCAGAUGAUUUUAUUAAAAGUACGCUUUCAAAAAGCAUUUGAAUUUUUCUUUUCAUAAGCAAACCUCUAGAUGAGAACCACGCUAUGUCAAAACUCUUUAACUUGUUGAGAGACAAGGCUGGAUUGAUUGCCACUCACUGCUAAGCAGUUUUUGCUGACAGCUUAGCUUGGAAGAAAAAAUUAAUCCAGCGUUAUAGAGUUUCAAAAGAUGCCUUUGCAACUGUGUCACUGGAAUCAGAUCUGCGCAUGAAAAAAUGACUCAUGUCUUGACAACAGUAACUGCAUUUCUGAUUUAAUUGCAACCUAUUAGAUAAUCCUCUGUCUCACUCAAAGGACAAGAAGGAGCAGUGUGACUAAGGAAAUCCUAGGUGAACAGCUAGAUUUUAUGUGGUUUUGCAUUCAAAAGAUACUUACUUUAAAAAAGCGGUGCUAUGCUUUGUGCUGACCCUGGGCCAGUGGGAGGUCUGCUGGGUCUCUCUGACCUCAGAGCAGUAGUGGAUGCAUGUAAAAAACAUAUAUGAGCAGCCCACAUGGAUGGUGAGCUCCUCAUAUACCUCCUAAUUUAUGGCAAUCCGCAGUUUGGAGGUCUCUUGAGAUGGAGGUUGUGUUUGUAUCUGCGGGUUUGAUCCUUGCCUAUGGAUUUCUGUGGAUUCCUUUAAACGUCGUGUUUAACCCACUUAUAGUCUUAUAAACUCCCACAGCAUAGAGUCCCACAAUUUAAUUCUAUACUUUGUGGAAAAGGUCUGCUUUGUCUUAAAAACUCCUGGGAUACUUGUUACAUCUGCCCUACUUGUUCAAAUAAGGAAAGGAGUUCUGAGGUAUGAUGGCACAUUGUUUCCUCUACACCCCUCAGAACUUCAUCUAUCCUUAGAAACGUUAACAUCAUGAUUUUAUCCCUCAUACUUCUCCUCAGCUGCCUCUUGUCCAGGCUGAACAUCCUAGUCUAUUUGAUCUCUCCUUAAACAACAGGCUUUCCAUGCUCACCACCAGCCACUGCACUUAGCUGAAACUUUUCUACUGCUGCUUCUUUUUUACAUUGAGGUGGGAUGAAGCACUCAGAAAGAGAUUCUAAUUAGUGCCAUUUGUUAAUAAGCCAUGUGACCACAUAAGACACCUGUACUCCUAUGGCCAUGGAAAUCACUUUGUCAUUGAUAUUGGUCCUGACAGCACAUCUGAGGUUACAGUUGAUUACUGUUAGUUUAUCUAUCAUGCACUAUAUGGAUGUGCAUUGAUAAACUUGCUAAUAUGUAUUUAUCCUGUGUGUUCUAAUAUCCCUGUUUAAAUUGUCCAGUUCAGUACUGCAGGAGACAGUAGAUUCUGGAGAAUAUUUAAUUUAUUCUGGGCAUAGACUGUACAGAUUUUAGCUCUGUUAAGCACAUGGCCUGACAUUGCUGGACUGAGCAACCAAUCAUCUCUCUCUGCCAUAGUGGUGCACCUACCUCACCCAUUGCUGCAGCUAUCCCAAACUGCAGCCUAGAGCUUUUUAUUGCAAGAAUACAUUUUUUUUAAAAACACCUUUUACUGAAUCUUUUAUUUCCUCAAGACCUGUGGCCUUUUUCAUGUCCUUCUUCCUUCAUUCCAAGAAGAGGAUGUGCUCUCAGAUAAAAUUAAUAAUAAUGAUGCUGUUUAGACAGUAAGCCCAUUACAUUGGGUCCUUCAUAUUUCCAAGUAGGGCAAAAGUUUGGGUUCUCUGCCUUCAGAUGUCCUAGCAGAUAUAAGCACAGACCUCAGCAUCUUGCUGUUCUGGGCCUCACAGAAGGCUCCUUGCAGCCCCUGGAGGUCUUCAUGCUGAUGCUCUUUAUAUCAGUGUCCCAACUUCCAGUUAGAAAAACUGAGUGACUCUAAGGAAACAUUAUUAUUGUAUUACGACAGAUAGGGCUUAUUUCCUCUUAGCAAAGAAUGAAAUUCUGAGGCUGAAACUUUUUGUGACACUUCCAGGGUCAGCUGCAAAUCUCUAAUGACUUUUUUGUUUGUUUUAGUAAUUAAAUGCAAUAAUAAAACCAGGUCAGUGAGGCUGCAUGAAUCAUGCAGGUAGUUAAUGAAAUUUCACAAGUAGGUACUGAAAAGGGGGGGGGUUAAGAAAAUGGAGAAGAAGGCUUGAUCAUACAAUAGGGCUUGGGUGGAGAAGGCAAAUAGCUGUAGAUCUUCUACAAGAGAUUGUAGAAAUAAUGCACAAAGACAGGUAGAAUGUGAAGAAUGUGUGUGUACGCUCCCAUGAAUUAUGGACACAUUUUAGAGUGAAAGUCUCAAUCCAACAAACUCAAAAUAUAUGGAAGUUUUAAUCAUAUAUUGCUUUACUUUUUACUUUGUCACCAGAAAUCCAUGGGUUUUAAAUUCCAGAUGAAGUUGAGGCUUACCAAAUAUAACAUGAGUUUUAUGAGAGGAGUUUGGCUGCUGUAACUUUGCCUUCUCUAACUGUCUUUUUUAGAGUUAUGAGGAAAAGUCAUAGUGUGGGAACUUCUUUUUGUUUGUGUUUAUUGCAUGAGUGGACAAAAUCUACCAUAAUCUUGCAGACAAGAAAACUACGACAUGGUAGCAAAUGGCAAAAAUAUAACCAUUCCUAUCUGAAUUAAUGAAGUACUAAUGUAAAAAUUGUUUCACUCAAUAAAAAUUUAAUUUUUCAGCAAA